CACACAGGGGGGUAUUUACCACAAGGCAAACAAGGCAUUUGCCUAGGGUGGCAUUUUUUAGGGGGGCAGCACUGCCCCCUGGAAGAAAGGACAUAUGCAGCUCAGGGACCAAGUGGGAUCCGAGAGAGGCUGCGGGCUGCUUGAUGGUGUAUGCAGAGCACGAUUGUCGUUCCCGGGGAUGUCCAGAGCUGUGAAGGUCAGUGUCUCUCUCUCUCUUUCGUCGGGGGGUGGGUGUUGGGGGAGGGGGGCAGGGGUGUUGUUGGUCAGUGUCAGGUUCUCUCUGCGUGGGGGG